CUCCAAGACUUUCCUCUACCUUCUGAUCGGCCGAGCAGGGGUUAGGGUUCUAGGCGGCUGCGCCGGAGACAUGGAGGAGAGGGCGAGGCAGCUGCUCCUCCUCGCCGCCGUCGCGGGCGCUGGCGCCGUAGUAGGCGGGCUCUCCGUUGCUUCCGUCUUCAGCUUCCUCUCCAGGGCGAAGCGGAGAGAGGGAUACGUGCGCAAGCUGUUGGAAUCCAAUGGCGGUGCUGGUGGUACGCACGCUGGCAGUACUGGACCGGGAGCACGUCUGCAUGCUAGCUCGGAUCUUCUCUCUGAUGAAGUUGUCGCUGAGCAGCUUACAAGGAAUAUACAAUUUUUUGGAGUCCAAUCUCAGAAGAAAGUUACUGAAUCUUUUGUUGUAGUCAUUGGUCUUGGAGGAGUUGGCAGUCAUGCUGCUUCCAUGCUCCUCAGAUCUGGGGUUGGCAGGUUGCUCCUAGUAGAUUUUGAUCAGGUCUCACUCUCAUCACUAAAUCGGCAUGCUGUGGCAACCAGAGAGGACGUGGGGACCCCAAAAGCAUCAUGCCUCAAGAAGCAUUUCUCAUUGAUAUAUCCAGAGUGUCAAAUAGAAGCAAGAGUGCAGUUGUAUGAUUCAUCAGCUGAGGACGAAAUUCUUUCUGGACAGCCAGAUUUUGUUCUUGAUUGCAUAGAUAACAUUGAUACUAAGGUGUCUCUCCUUGCGGCUUGCGUACGCAGAGGGUUAAGGGUACUUUCUGCAAUGGGGGCUGGAGCUCGAGCUGACCCGACCCGAAUCCGUGUUGCGGAUUUGAGAGAAUCAAGCAAUGAUCCCCUUUCUCGGGCGGUACGGCAUCGGCUGAAGAAGGAUCAUGGAAUUGAAGGUGGAAUACCAGUAGUUUUUUCAAUGGAGAAGCCCAAGGCAAAGCUACUUCCCUUUCAAGGUUCGAAAGAAGAGGAAACUCCAUCAGAUUACCAGAUUGUGCCAGGAUUCAGGGUUCGCAUUAUCCCAGUACUGGGAACUAUCCCUGCAAUAUUUGGUCAAGUUAUGGCCUCCUAUGUGGUUACUCAGCUUGCCCAGUUUGAUUUUCAAACUGAACCAAUUGUUAACCUGGAUUUGGAUCAUUACCGCGUUCUUCACCAUCGUCUUCUUGAGCACGAGGAGCUGAUAUAUGGGUCAGCCGAGCAAGUUUUGGUUGAUGCUGAAGAGGUGAUGUACAUUGUGAAAGAAUUGUGGCGUGGCCGCAGUGCUAGGGACCAAAACAUGAAGGAUACUGGCCGGAAAAUGUGGAGAUCUGUCAACGAACUGAUGCUUGUUCGGUGGGACAAAACGAAGCCCGCUGGUGUGUCAAACUUAAUACUUCUCAAGUUCAGUGAGGCGGAUGCACAUGAAUCCACCACGCUUGAUCAGCUAAAAGAUGAAGAACCUGAAUUCUACGCCAUGGUUUCACGUGUUCUGAAACGAGCCGAAACGGAGUUUGCUUUAUGAGCUGGUCACCGAUGUUACUGGAUUUCUACGAUUGCUAUACCGUCAUAAGCCGUGCAAUGCUACUGGACUAGUCAGGUAGGUUUCAGUUUUGCAUGGUCUGAUCUUGUGUGAUAGUGACGAGGAGCAAGUAGAUGAUGCACACUUCCCUGAAUUUUUGUUUUGGCCAUAGAACUAGGACUUGUUGGUGAUGCUUUGAUUUCUCUGGAAGGAUCCUCCUGUAAUCGUCUCCCCGGGAUUUUUUAUGCGUUUGAGAUUGUCUCAUGUAAACCAAAUCAGAGAUUAUAUUGAGCAUACGAUAUGCGGCAUAUUCAAAUGAA